AUGGAUAUGGCUUAUUUCAACGUAGAUGAUGGGUAUCCUGAAGCCCUCUGCAGAGGACUCAGAAAAUCCUUCCUCAAUGAAGAUUCUUACAAUGCCCUCAGAAAUUGCCAAAACUUGGCUGAUUUCAAAUUGGUUCUUGAGGAUACUGAUUAUAGUCAGACAAUUUCUGCAGAGACUGAGAUUGAAAUUGCUAGCCUCAAAAACAAAUGUAAGGAAAAAUUAGCUAAAGAGAUCGAGCAUCUUAUUGCACAAUCAGUUGAACCCCUCACCGGUUUCCUCAAAAUGAUGCUUCAUGGAUACAUGAUCGACAAUGUAAUCAACAUCAUCGAAGGAGUCAAAAAUAAUGUUGACUUAGAAAUUCUCUUGAACAGAUCAGAUCCUCUGGGCUACUUCCCAGAACUCAAAAACAUCAAGACUGUUGAAGGCGAAGACUACGCAGCGCUCUACCAGACAGUGCUGAUUGACCUCCCCAUCGGUGUAUACUUCAGAAAGUUUUUGGAAGAACUCCUUGCUGACGAAGGGGGAAACAAAGACGCUUCAAGAAUUCCAGAGAUCAUGAAGGAUUUCAAGCCGGAGAAGAUUAAGAAUAUUCUCAAGAAAAUUUGGUUAACUGAGUUUUACGAAUACUGUCAGGAGAAGAUCAAUCCUCAAUCAGCCAUGACUAUGGAAGAGCUAUUGAAAUUUGAGAGUGAUUGCCAAACCAUCCAGAUUAUUUACAAUACUAUUGGAAACAAAGACCUCGCAGGACCAAAGGGAAGAUAUAGCGAAAGAAGAAAGUAUAUCAACCGUAUCGGAUUUUUGUACCCAGAUAGAGAUAGUGAACUCUCUAACUCUGAUGAUUUCAGAAAACUACAGGACGCCGUUGAGCCUUAUAGUGACUACAGAAAAAUGUUGCAAGAAGUUAUCAGUGCUGGAGAAGAUGAAAAUGAAUUUGGUGCCUCUCCUGACGAAGAUAAAUUCCCUGCCUCAAAGAUGGGAUCAAGCUCAUCUAAGAGCAUUGAUGAUGUUAUGUUCGAGUCAAAGUCCAAUAAAUUCUCUAUCGCUUUUGAAGACCAAUUCCACUAUGGUGUAUUCUAUGCUUACCUAAAACUGAAAGAACAAGAGAUUAGAAACAUUGUCUGGCUUGCAGAGCUCAUCUCUUUGAACGUACCAAAGAAUAUGUCUGGGUGGAAGAAGUUCGUUGUCCCAUUCAAAUACCAUAAAGAGGAAUAA